AGUUGCAUUAUUUUCCUGGAUUCUCCCUCUGUCUACAUGCCCUUCUUUUGCAGCGCUGCUGUUCCAGGGUUUGAGUCAUUGAGCUGGAGGCUGGACUGAUCCCAGAAUACACUGUGAGUUCGAGCUGACAGCAGCAGCUGGAAAUGGCUGAAGUGAGCAGCAGCCUCCUGGAGCAACUCAAAUCCUGCAUCGUCUGGUCCUGGACCUACUUGUGGACGCUGUGGUUUUUCCUGAUGCUUUUUCUAGUUUACAUCCUGCGGGUUCCUCUGAAAAUCAACGACAAUCUGAGUACAGUGAGUAUGUUUUUGAAUACAUUAACCCCCAAAUUCUACGUUGCUCUGACAGGCACAUCAUCUUUGAUCUCCGGGCUUAUUUUGAUAUUUGAAUGGUGGUAUUUUCGAAAGUAUGGAACAUCAUUUAUUGAGCAAGUUUCAGUCAGCCACUUACGACCAUUGCUUGGUGGGGUGGACAAUACUGCCCCCAGCAACUCCACCUCCAAUAAUGGAGAUACUGAUUCCAACAGGCAAAGUGUAUCAGAAUGCAAGGUAUGGCGUAAUCCACUAAAUUUAUUUAGAGGAGCAGAAUACAAUCGGUAUACGUGGGUAACAGGAAGAGAGCCUCUGACAUAUUAUGAUAUGAAUCUUUCUGCACAAGAUCAUCAGACCUUCUUCACUUGUGAGACCGACCACUUACGGCCUGCAGACGCUAGUAAGAAGGACUUAAUGCAGAAAGCUUGGAGAGAGAGGAACCCGCAAGCAAGAAUUUCAGCAGCGCAUGAAGCCUUAGAAUUAAAUGAGAUAUUUUACCAUUGGCGUCCACUGCUACAGCCGCUGCAAGCAAAAAGAAGGACCCAAAAUGGAAUAAACUUCACAAUGUGUGCCACCGCCUACAUUCUUUUGGCUGAAGAGGAAGCUACUACCAUUGUGGAAGCAGAAAGGCUUUUUAAACAGGCACUAAAAGCAGGGGAGGUUUGUUACAGACGUAGUCAACAACUGCAGCACCACGGAGCUCAGUAUGAAGCACAGCACAGGAGGGACACAAAUGUGUUAGUUUACAUUAAAAGAAGAUUGGCAAUGUGUUCGAGAAAACUGGGAAGGACAAGAGAAGCAGUAAAGAUGAUGCGGGAUUUGAUGAAGGAGUUCCCUCUUCUCAGUAUGUUCAACAUCCAUGAAAAUUUACUGGAGGCACUUUUAGAGCUACAGGCCUAUGCUGAUGUGCAAGCAGUUUUAGCCAAAUAUGAUGAUAUUAGCUUACCAAAGUCAGCAACAAUAUGUUACACAGCGGCACUACUUAAAGCAAGAGCAGUCUCUGACAAAUUCUCACCAGAGGCUGCCUCCAGGCGAGGGCUGAGUACUGCAGAGAUGAAUGCUGUAGAAGCAAUACACAGGGCAGUAGAAUUUAACCCACAUGUACCCAAAUAUUUAUUAGAAAUGAAAAGUUUAAUACUGCCACCAGAACAUAUUUUGAAGAGAGGGGACAGUGAAGCAAUAGCAUAUGCAUUCUUCCAUCUUCAACACUGGAAACGGGUAGAAGGAGCUCUCAACCUAUUACAUUGUACCUGGGAGGGAACUUUCCGAAUGAUCCCCUAUCCCUUGGAAAAAGGUCAUCUUUUUUAUCCAUAUCCAAUCUGCACAGAGACUGCAGACAGAGAACUGCUUCCAUCGUUUCAUGAAGUUUCAGUGUAUCCCAAGAAGGAGCUGCCAUUCUUCAUCCUCUUCACAGCCGGCCUGUGCUCCUUCACCGCCAUGUUGGCGCUCCUCACACAUCAGUUUCCAGAGCUCAUGGGCGUCUUUGCAAAAGCUUUUCUCAGUACACUGUUUGCUCCAUUAAAUUUUGUGAUGGAAAAGGUUGAAAGCAUUUUACCUUCUAGCCUGUGGCAUCAAUUGACACGGAUCUGAGAAGAAAGGAGCUGUAAUAGACUGACUUACCAUGACACCUGUGCCAAGCUCACAUCUUGCAGAGUGCAAAACAGCAUGAAAAAAGGAUGGAAAUCUGUGACUUUAAGACUCUAUAUGCUAUGUUUUGUUCUUAUGUGAACAUGUUUUCUGUUGUACCAAACAAAGUUGUUGUUGUUUUAUUUUAUUAUUUUGCCGUUAGCAAAAUUCUACAAAAAUGAACAAAAAAGGUCCCAAAAAUAAAGUUUAAAUUUUGUGUAA